CAACUACAUCAUUUUCACUCGUUUCAUCCAACCGGUGUUUUAUUCCUGACACAUCUACUAGCAAGAAAUUCUUUCGCUUGACAUAAAAAUAUUGACUUACGGGGUUGUUUCCUCUACCAAGUCCCAAAAGAAAAUUAGAGACUAGAAAAGCCUACCUCGUUGAUUCAUUUCACGAUGGAAGACGACGACAUCCCCAACCACUAUGACGAUGGCAAUCGUGCAUUCCUCCAAGCCUUUUUGGCUCGAGGUACCUUAACAUUCGCACAAGCCCAACCUAUCCUCGCUGCUAUAUUUACAGCACAUGACAAGAUCGAGUACCAACACCGCCAAGAAUCCCGUCGAAACCGAGUCUCCCGCCGCGAAGACGACGAAGAAAGCGAUAACGAAGAACCAGAAGUAACCCAGCCGGCCCAAGUCACACGCGAAGACUUCAACUCAUACGUAUCCGCUGCCUCGGAAAAACUCUCCCCUUUCGAUAUGGAGAUCCGCGGUAUCACGCAUCAAGGUAGCGGGGAGCGUAUCUUCUGCUUGGUGAACACGACUUCGGAUCCAUUGACGCGACUUGCGACCUUGAGAACUGGCGAGGAGAUCGUGUUUGUGAGACGGGUUAUUGAUGCUAUGUUCGAUAAAUACAAUACACCGCGUAUGGAACUCAUGUGUCUGGAUUUCAUGCAGGCGAAUAAACUACGCAGCGCGCCGCGCGAGGAAGAAACUGAGAGCCCUGAAAAUGGGGAGGGAGGAGAUGGUGAGGAGGGGCAGCAGACGCAGAUGGUGGGCGGAUUGAAGGGGCUUAAGAGUAGUGAGGUUGAACACGUUAUGCAGGGGCUCGUGGAUGAGGGAUGGGUUGAGAGAAGUCGUGCUGGUUUUUAUUCCCUUGCCCCACGUGCGCUGGCGGAAUUGCGGUCUUGGCUUGUUGAUGCGUAUAAUGAGCCGCCUGACCCGGAUGCGGAUGAGGAAGAUAAUGCGGGACAGUGGCAACGGAUCAAGUUCUGCGAGGCAUGCCGCGAGAUUGUGACUUCGGGACAGAGAUGCGCAGAGCGGGAUUGUAAUGUUCGAUUACAUGACCAUUGCGCGGAUACGUUUUGGCGUAUGAGGAGGGAGAAUACUGGGCAGAGGGAGAAGAAGUGUUCACGUUGUGAGAAGGAGUGGACCGGACGCCAUUUUGUGGGCGAGAGAGCUGUUACCGAGACUGAGGCUUACCAGCGCGGACGCAGACGGAGUGGAAGGCCUAGUGGUGGUGGGAGAAGUAGUCUUGCGGAGAGGAUUGUUGAGGAGGAUGAGGAUGAAGACGAGGAAGAGGAGUGAUCUGAUCAUGAGGUUAAGUCUAGGUCUGGAGUCACGCUUGAUUUAUGAACUACGAAGCUUUUCUUUACUAGAUUUCUACGUUUGCCAUUUGCUGGCCGGAAAAGGGAUAUGAGAAGGGAUCGGAAAAGCAACGGAAGGGAAUUAUUAGUUAGACACAGAUACCCUUGGGACUUUGUUCCCCUGAAAAUGAACUACAUAUACGGACUACACCUUUUGUCUUCGGGAUUCUUCUAUAUGUACUCGCGGCUUACUUGAGGAGUGUCUGUCACUAGGGAAAUAGUAUAAUCACUAGGAGUUGUGUUAGGCUGAUAUUAGCCAAACUAAUCUAUAUAUAUGC